UUUCUGGCAGGGAUGCACCGCUCCCUGGUUGAAAGGAAACCAAGUUUGGACCAGAACUUGUCGGUCAAGAACAGUCUCAUCUUCUACAAGAAUAGGUGGUAUAUACCCAAAGACAAGAAGCUUCAGAUGGAAAUACUGUCCGAUACCCAUGACUCUAAGGUGGCUGGUCAUUUUGGCCAAUUUAAGACACUGGAGCGGGUGAAAAACAACUUCUUUUGGCCCAACAUGGAUAAGGAUGUUGAGGAAUAUGUCCGGAGAUGUGAUAGCUGCCAGAGGAAUAAGACCUCCAGACAUAAGAAGUUUGGUAUACUCCAACUGUUGGAGAUACCCUAUCGGCCAUGGACUUCCAUCUCUAUGGACUUCAUUGUGGGAUUACCGGAAUCUAGUGGGUUUACAAAGAUCUGGGUAAUAGUAGACCGUUUUUCGAAGAUGGCACACUACUGUUACGGGCAUGCCAAGCAUUUACGGAGUGAGAGAAAGGCUAGUAGAUACUCCUAUACCCUUUAA